AUGCUCGGAAUUGUGACCGGCUUUUUGCUAGGCGCUGCAGUCUCUGCCGCCCCUACUACUAGGUCUCCUACUGUGACAGUACAGAAUGGAACUUAUACGGGGGCUCACGUUUCAACCUACGAUCAGGACCUGUUCCUAGGCAUUCCCUAUGCUCAACAGCCCGUGGGAAAUCUACGAUUCAGGGUACCGCAGUCCCUCAACACGAGCUGGGAUGAUGCGCGAGAUGCAAAGGAAUAUUCUGAUAUCUGUGUGGGAUAUGGAACCGACUCGAUCUGGUACCCCCGGUCUGAGGCUUGUCUUACACUAAACGUUGUCCGGAGCUCGUCCGCCAACAGUGAUUCCAAGCUUCCCGUGGGUGUAUGGAUCCAUGGAGGAGGCUUCUACCAGGGCUCCGGGGCUGAUCAGCGCUAUAACAUGUCUGAGAUUGUGUCAAACUCUUAUAAAAUUGAUAAGCCGUUUAUUGCUGUGACCAUCAACUACAGAUUGUCGGCUUGGGGCUUCCUCAGUUCGAGCCAACUCUAUGGGAGUGGAAACACUAAUCUUGGAUUGAGAGACCAGAGACUGGCCCUUCAAUGGAUCCGAGAAAACAUCGCUGCCUUUGGUGGUGAUCCAGAUAAAGUCACCAUCUGGGGAGAAUCGGCCGGUGCCAUGUCUGUGGGCUAUCAUCUCACAGCAUACGGUGGACGAGAUGACAAACUGUUCCGAGCCGGUAUCAUGCAGUCUGGGGGAUCCAUCGCCGCCCAGCCGGGAAACUACUCAUCCACCCAAUCAGACUACGACGAACUGGCCUCCAAGGUAGGCUGUUUGGACGUGGUUGAUUCCCUGCAGUGUCUUCGCGAGGUGCCUUACGAGAAGCUUAACUCUGCGUUGAACGGCACAGAUGCUCCAUCCGGUUAUAACUUCUGGCCCAUUGUUGAUGGUGACUUCAUCCAGAACUGGGGUAGCAUUCAACUUGAUGAGCAUGCGUUUGUUAAAGUCCCGAUCAUCGCUGGUACCAAUACAGAUGAAGGAACGGCAUUUGGUCCGACAGGAAUCAAUACGACGGACCAGUGGUACGAAUAUUUGACAGAUGGCGAUUUCGGCUUUCAAACACCUACUUCCGUGGCCAAGCGCAUCCUCGAACUCUACCCCGAUGACCCAUCCCAAGGGAUCCCAGAGUAUCUGGGAGAUCAACGCGUGCCAUCAAAGGGCUAUCAAUGGCGUCGCACUUCAGCCUUUGCAGGCGAUCACAAAAUGCAUGCCCUUCGCCGCCGACAAUGUGAAGCAUGGGCCGAGACAUCAACCCCAGCAUACUGCUACCGAUUCAACGUGCACUCGGCAGACGUACCACUUGUAUCCGGUGCAACUCACUUCGAAGAGGUGGCAUUUGUAUUCCACAACCUCAUCGGACAAGGAUACCAUUAUGGAAAGCCAUUUGCGGGAGUUCCACAGUCAUACAUUGAUCUCAGUGCCAUGAUGACGAACAUGUGGGCAUCUUUCAUCCAUGACCUAGAUCCAAACCCGGGUACUUUGAAUAAGACUGUCUCUUGGGAUUCUUAUUCCAAUGACAAGCCGACGGAUUUAUUGUUCGAUGCUAAUACCACCAGCCAUAUGGAGGCUGAUACAUGGCGCAAGGAGGGAAUUGACUACAUUAACUCGGUUGCGCAGUCAUUCUGGCGAUAG